UAAAAAGACCCAAUCUACGACUUGAAGUUGUUAACGGGAACUGCAGCAGCCCUUUGAUCCUUUUACACUUCUUUCUUUAGCUCUCUGAAUUUCACUUUGGGGUUUUUUUUUAAAAGAUGAUUCAAUUAUUGUUCAUGGUGAUAUUCUCAGAGAUGGCGGUGAUCAUGGUAUUAUCAUUCAAGACACCGUUUAGGAAGCUGGUGAUAAUGGGUCUGGAUCGGCUUAAACGUGGACGAGGUCCUGUGGUGGUUAAGACGGUGGCCGGAACGGUGUUUGUAGUGAUGGUGUCGAGCGUAUACAGCAUGAUGGAGAUCCAGAAACGUUGGGUCGGCGAUGAUGGACCGGUUAGUUCAACGGACCAGGUUCUUAUGGUCCGACACCUUCUUGAAGCUACUCUCAUGGGGGCCACAAUUUUCCUAGCACUAAUGAUAGAUAGAUUGCACCAUUAUAUCAGAGAACUCCGGAUAAGAAGGAAGACCAUGGAUGCUGUCAAGAAACAAGGUCAAGGUUCCAAUGAUAAAAAACCCGAUGGCUUUGACAAAAUUAAAUCCUUGGAAGAAGAAGUAAUGACUCUGCGUGAGAAACUUAAGCAGCUGGAGUCUGAUAUCGAGGCAAAGACUAAACAGAUUAAUGCUGCAGAAGUUAAUACAGUUGCUUUAAGGAAACAAUCCGAAGGUUUACUUCUUGAGUAUGAUCGGUUACUUGAGGAGAACGAAAGCCUUCGGGGUCAGUUGCAAUCUUUGGACCGGAAAUUGUCACGUUCGGAUAGUAAGAAGAAUUUAUAAGGACUCGAGUACCUUUUGCGAAUCGGUAUGGUUUAACUGUUGAUUGCUGUCAAACAUUCAUCCUUUUUUUUGAGAGUGUUCUAAAACUUUUGAGGUUUAGAGAAAUUGACCUUUAUGUGUAUUAUGGAAUCAAAUGUUGAAUUGAUGAGUUUUGGAAAACAUUUUUAAAGUUUUUUUCAUGGUGAAAAAAGGUUUUGCUACUCGGGUUUUAAGUUUGGUCUAGAUCGGGUGAGUUAGAGGUCGAGGAUUGGUGAUAAAAUCCGUUAAAUUAUCGAUUUUUAUUCAAUCGGUUCAAUUGGUUUGAAGGUUGAUUUAACAAUAAUUAAAUAAAUAAUUACAAAAUUUAUAAAAAUAAA